CGUGGCACUAUUGGGCUAAAGCUGCCACCUCUAGGGGCCGAGCAAGGGGAGUGGGUGUAGGCGAUGGUACCGGUGCUGCGUUACCUGGGGGGUGCCUGCGGACGGGCCCGUGGGGGCUUCCCCGGGAGCUUCUCCGGGGUGUGCGGGCCGGCGUCCGGAAGGCCCUGGCCGCUUUGCGGGGGUGUCCGCAGUGCUAGCAGCAGCUCAUUUGAUAUAGUCAUUGUUGGUGGUGGAAUUGUGGGCCUUGCCUCUGCCAGAGCACUUAUCCUGCGACAUCCUGCACUUUCAAUUGGUGUUCUGGAAAAGGAGAAAGAUUUAGCUACUCACCAGACUGGACAUAACAGUGGUGUCAUACAUAGUGGAAUUUAUUAUCAACCUGAAUCUCURAAAGCUAAAUUGUGUGUACAAGGUGCAGACCUCAUCUAUGAGUACUGUAACAAGAAGGGAAUUUCCUACAAGCAGUGUGGCAAGCUAAUAGUAGCUGUUGAACAAGAAGAAAUUCCUAGACUUCGGGCCCUGUAUGAGAGGGGCCUGCAGAAUGGUGUCCAAGGCUUGAGACUGAUUCAGCAGGAGGAUAUAAAAAAGAAGGAGCCAUAUUGUAGGGGUCUAAUGGCUAUUGAUUGUCCAUAUACUGGCAUUGUCAACUAUCGGCAGGUAGCUUUGUCAUUUGCCCAGGAUUUCCAAGAAGCUGGUGGGUCUGUCUUGACUAAUUUUGAAGUAAAAGAUAUUGAAAUGGCUAGAGAAAGCCCUCCAAGAAGUAUAGAUGGGAUGAAAUAUCCAAUUAUGGUAAAGAAUACAAAGGGAGAGGAAAUUCAAUGUCAGUAUGUUGUGACAUGUGCAGGACUUCACUCAGAUCGUAUUUCAGAGUUAAGUGGCUGCAAUCCUGAUCCUCAAAUUGUACCAUUCCGGGGAGAUUACCUGCUCUUGAAGCCAGAAAAAUGCUAUCUUGUAAAAGGAAAUAUUUAUCCGGUUCCAGAUAGCCGCUUUCCUUUCCUAGGAGUUCACUUCACACCAAGGAUGGACGGGAAUAUUUGGCUAGGACCUAAUGCAGUUCUUGCCUUUAAACGGGAAGGAUACAGACCCUUUGACUUCAGUGCCAGAGAUGCUAAGGAUUUAAUUGCCAAUAGUGGCCUGAUUAAACUGAUCUCCCAGAAUCUCUCCUAUGGAGUUAGUGAAAUGUAUAAAGCCUGCUUUCUGAGUGCAACAGUGAAGCACCUUCAAAAGUUCAUCCCUGAAAUUACUAUCACUGAUAUACUUAGAGGUCCAGCUGGAGUAAGAGCCCAAGCUCUGGAUAGAGAUGGAAAUCUGGUAGAUGAUUUUGUAUUUGAUGGAGGAGUUGGGGAUAUUGGAAGUCGCAUUCUUCAUGUGAGAAAUGCUCCUUCCCCUGCUGCCACUUCCUCCCUUGCAAUUUCUGGAAUGAUUGCAGAUGAAGUGCAGCAACGGUUUGAAUUGUAAAUAAUGGAAGGGGUUGGGUAUGCAUUAUAACCUCCAUAUCAGCAACAAGAAUGUAUUAAUUGUGUUCUUUAAUUAUAAUUUAAGAAAAAGAUUUUAAACCAGGAUGGUGGCACAUGCCUGUAAUCCUAGUGACUUGAGAGGU